UUGCUUGUGAAGCCUUAUGGGAAAUUCGUUGACAACCCAAACAACUAUGGACGAUUCUAUGUAUUUAGUGAUAAAAGGAUAAUUUAUUGUGAGAAAUUCGUCAAUAUUGCAAUGUCGUAAACUUACUUGUGUAUGUAGAUACCGCGAACAAUGUCCGUGCAAAAGCUUCAAUCCACCGAUUCGGGGUUAGAUGAUUUUGAUGACGCCGAGUUGGAGCAACUGUACACAUGGAUCGACAGCAUCCCCCUUUCUAGACCGAAGAAAAAUAUCGCCCGAGAUUUCUCCGAUGGAGUUCUGGUUUCUGAGAUCAUGCAUCAUAAAUUCCCCCAUCUGGUGCAGAAACACAACUAUAGCGUGGCAAACUCCACCUCCAAAAAGAUGGAAAAUUGGUACUACCUUAACAGAAAGGUGUUUAAGAAAUUGAAUUUUGAGUUAUCGGAGGAGCUCAUCCGAGACCUGGUAAAUGCCAAGCCAGGGACCAUCGAGCUGCUCCUACAGAUGCUCAAGAUGAAGAUUGAGCGAGCCGAGUGGGAGAUGAGGAGUAGGAAGAACCCCCCGCCGAAGGCUCAGAGGGGCAGGCGGAACGACAGUGACCAGCCCGAGGCCGACCAAAAUAUGGGUCUUGCUGCUAAAUCAAAGAAACUCUUCAACAGAUCUCCAGGGAGACAUAAAAAAGGAACCAGUCCCACUAGAGCUGGAGGGUAUUUUACUCGGCUUGCUGCUGAAAACAAGGAAGUGAUAACUUUAGAUAAAUUAUCAAGGCACGAGUACUACACAAACCAACCCAGGCAGAAGAUUUUACGCAAUGUCUCCGAGGCCGACCAUGUACCCCGCCUUGUGUUCGAGGAGAAAGUCCAAGAGUGUCUUGCUAAGGAUGAGACCAUAAAGAUUUUACAAGCAAAAAUUCAUCGGCUGGAACACCUGAUUCACCUGAAGGACGUCCGGAUCGAUGACCUCCAGGGUCGUGUUGAAUCCAUGCGACCCACGGGACAAUUCAGACGGUGAAAAGGAAUCGGAACCAGAGUGAACAAGGGCUCACGGAACUCGCACUAAACAGGAAUACUCAAUCACUGCACAGGAGGGGCCACCAAGCUUGUAACCUUUAGGGAGGGGACGGGAGGGGCCACUAGACAACCUGUAGUGACAGGGCACCAGUACAGAAGAUGUUGUAGUUAACCUUAUUUUUAAACAGAGAAACAGACUUCAUUGUAAUCAGAUUCCUCACAAAUCAGCUUUUUGUUUUUGUAUUGUAUUAAAGGAGAACAUAGAUUGUAAACUGGAGAGUAGUUAACCAAUCACUGACCUUCCAUUUCUCUCUGUGCGACAGACAGAGGUCGGCAACUCUUGCCAUGUUUAUGUUCUGUUGGUCUUUGUGAAAUUUGUUUGUUGUCAUAUUGUUGGUCUUAUCUUCACAGUGCUAUAUAGUAUACAUAAAGUUAGAAAGCCACCACUGUAUCCUUUGACACAGGAAGCUAUUUAUCUGAUUUUUAUCAAGAAUAUUGAACAAUAAUUUGUAAUACAGAAUUGCAAGAAAUAUUUAUUUUGUUUUCUAGAUGUUUGAACUACAGGAGACUAAUUAUCAAAUCGGGUUACAAGUUUUUCAAAGAAACAUUCUUUAAAUGGUUAGGAUAAACAACUACAAUACAUUUUGUCUAGGUUUUGUUUUAGUAUCAUUUACAAAAUAAAAUGGUUGAGUCUGUUUAAUUCAUCCGUAAAAUACUUACAGCAUGAACAAUUUCAUCAACCAGCAUCAAAGAAUACUUUCAUUUACUGAUGACUAUUUUUGUGUUACAGCAAUAGAAAUAUGGAAACAAAUUAUGUACAGCUAUAAUUUAUGGCUCAUCCAUUCAAGCUUGCAAAAAUAUUUGUGCUGUUUUUGUUUGCUGAUCAAUAUGUACAUUUGACCUAUGUUUGUAAAUCCGUCCAUUUUUUUAUAUCUCUGCCAUAAUGAACUCUGACUUGUCUGCUCAUGGCUUUAUGUUUGAUUUUUGUAAUAAUCAGCCAUCUUGUUUGUUUUCUGUACACUCACUGCAUGCUCGAUGAUUUUACUAAGAAUGAAUUAUUAAAAAAGAAAUCCAUCAUGUA